AUGGCAGAGAAAGGUGAAAAGGGGUUUUCACUUUCUAAUGGUGGAAAAUCUUCUCUCAAAUCUCCUGCAUCAUUCAAAGGGAAGGAUGAUAGCACAGCAAAGUCAAAGAGGGGAAGAAAAGUACAGUUUGAUGCCGAAGAAGCCAAAAUUAGCAUGUCCUCAAAAUCUGGUGGGAAAGUUGAUAAACCAGUUGCCAGAGGUUUGAUUUUCUUACUCUUUUUUUGGAGAUUGGGGCAAAGGGGGAAAGGAGAUAAAAUUGCAAAUGGUGGUGAAGUCCCUGUGGUAAAGGCACCUCCGCCGCUGGAGCUCAAAAUUGAGCAUGCUAUUGAAAUAUGGGCAGAACUUCCGGAGAACGCUAAAUGCUUGAUGGACUGUGAAGCUGCAGAAAUUUUACAAGGAAUCCAAGAGCAAAUGGUCAUACUUUCUGAAGAUCCGGCAAUUAAAAUCCCCAUUUCAUUUGACAGGGGACUACAGUAUGCCAAGAGGGGUAGCCAUUAUAUAAGUCCACACUCUGUUAGACGAGUGCUUGAUGCUCUCAAAUUGCACAAUGUUUCUGAUGGCGAGGUGUCCAUGAUUGCCAAUGUAGGUCCAGAAUCUGUGGAAGAAGUUUUUGCUCUUGUCCCAUCCUUGAAGGGCAAGAAAAGCAAACUGAGAGAACCCCUUAAAGAUGCAUUGGAUCAACUUGCUAAGCUAAAACACUCAACAUGA